AUGACCGAUUCUGAUAACGAUCUGCAGAUAAUGGACAUGGAGAUGGAGUUAGUGGCCCUGAGGGCCGAAAAUGAAAAAUUAAAAAAAAUGAUUCAGCCCUCAGGGCCGCAGGCCAUGGGAGAUCCGGCGGCGCCGGCACCAGGACCAGCGGCGAUGCAGCCGCCGGCGGCGCCGGCACCGGGACCAGCGGCGAUGCAGCCGCCGGCGGCGCCGGCACCGAGACCAGCGGCGAUGCAGCCGCCGGCGGCGCCGACACCGGGACCAUCGACGACGCAGCCGCUAGCGGCGCCGGCACCGGGACUAGCGGCGAUCCCACAAGAAAGAC